AUGCCUCACUACCACAGCUCCUCAGGCUCCAGCAGCGGCGGCGAGAGAGUCUAUCACAACUCAAGGCGAGAGGCCCGAGACCGCAAAGACCCUCGACCUGUUCCAAAACGUGAAGUUAUCGUCAUUCAUCACCACACUAUUACCCGUGAUGAUCCCAUACGGACAUCGGGCAUGAGUCACAACAGAUGGAAGUAA